AUGCAUGUUAUCAUUGUGGGAGCUGGCAUUGCGGGCCUUUCGCUUGCCAUUGCCCUUGGCCAGUCUCGUCACCAAAUCACAGUUCUCGAUGCUGCUCCUGAGCUUACCGAGUUGGGUGCGGGCGUUCAGAUGACACCACAAGCAAUCAGAUACCUCUUCAAGUGGGGUCUCAAGGAUGACCUGCUCGCCGAGUCGAUUAUUCCCGAGAACUUGCAUGUGUGGGAUGGACCAGGUGGCAAUAUGCUGGGGAGUGUCCGAAUCAAGGAUAUGGAGGCUCAGUAUGGUGCCCCGUACAUUGUCGUUCAUCGGGCCGUUUUGCAUACCAUAUUGCAUCGCCACGCUAUCCGAGCCGGGGCGCAACUACUGCUAAGCAGUGAUGUCGUUGAAUAUGAGUUUGCCAGCGGAGCGGUCCUGCUGCGGAAUGGCACAAGGCUAACAGCCGAUCUAGUGGUUGCUGCUGAUGGCAUUAAUUCCUUUGCUCGAUCCCAGCUAUUGGGUUCCAAAGACCCUGGAAGCUUGCCGACUGGAUGGGCCGCCUUUCGUAUGACGGCCGAGGUCUCCAAACUCAAGGCGGAUUCUGUAACUUCAAAUCUUAUAGAUCUUCAAUCUGGCAGCUCCAAUUGGUGGAUUGCUCCACACAUAUCGUGCAUGACAUAUUUGAUAAAAGAUGCAACUCUGCUCAAUAUAGUACUAGCUCACCGAGACGAUAUCAACACCAAAGAAUUCACUCCGGAGGAAUAUAACAUGACAGUUCGGAACAUGUUCAAGGACUUUGAGCCUCGCGUUCAGCGUAUAUUAGAUCUUUCUACAUCAAAAAUUGCUAACUAUCCUGUGUACGCUGUGCCGCCGUUGCCCUCCUGGGCUCACGAAUCCGGUCGGUUCAUUCUCAUAGGCGACGCCGCCCAUGCAAUGGCUUUUUUCAUGUCCAUGGGCGUUAGUAUCGCUGUCGAAGACGCAGCUGCACUUGCAACAGCAUUAGACUUGGCUUGUCCUUCUGGCACGAACUCAAACCACUCCGACAAACAAAGGGCGGCGGCUGAACCUAGCUUGAAGCAUGCACUGCAUGUAUUUGAAAGCGUGCGGAAGCCCAGAGUUGAGGCUGUGCAAGAAGCCAGCUUACAUGCGGGUGAUUCAUCACAU